AAAAACGUGGUUUUUCCUAAUUACGUUUGAUUACAGCUUCCGCAGUUUGAUGAACAAAACGGGCAACAAUCCGACGAGAAGCCAGGUGGCUCAGUACGUCGAGGAAAAUUUCGGCUCGUCGAACGAGCUGGUAAACUGGACACUGCCGGAUUGGACGGAGAACCCUUUGAUCUUGAAACGCAUCCACGAAACCAAGUAUCGCGAAUGGGCGAGAGCUCUGAACGACGUUUGGAAGGAACUGGCGAGAAAGAUCAAUCCCGAAGUGGCCAAGCACCCGGAUAGGCACAGUCUGAUCUACGUGAACAAUGGUUUCAUCGUUCCCGGUGGUCGUUUCAAAGAGUUUUACUAUUGGGACAGUUACUGGGUGAUCGAAGGCCUGUUAUUAUCCGACAUGUAUCAAACUGCCAGGGGAAUGAUAGACAAUUUCUUAUACAUGGUGAAGAAAUAUGGGUUCAUACCGAACGGCGGUAGAAUUUAUUACCUCAUGAGGAGCCAACCACCCUUGAUACAUCUCAUGGUCUCGAGGUACUUGGAGUACGCUAAAGACUACGAUUACCUGCGCGCGAUUAUACCCACGCUGGAGAAGGAGUUCGCUUUCUGGCAAACGGAGAAGAUGAUCGAAGUGAAGAAGGACGGGAGGACGUAUAAAAUGGGACACUACGUCGUCAACAGCCCGAGGCCUCGGCCCGAAAGUUACAGGUCGGUCGUUUUAACCCUUUCGCUACGGCAGAAUUUCAUACAU